AUGGGGAGGAUAAUCGGCUUUGUUUACUCUUUGUGGGUACGCGGAGGACUCAAGAUCCGGGUACACUCAAUGGGAAACAGCUCCUUCUUAUUCAAACUCCCGAACCUGUCGGUGAAGAAUUAUGUGCUUGCAAGAGAACUAUGGCACAUCGGUGACCAUCCAUUACUCGUCACCGAAUGGGACCCUGACCACGACCCUGACAAGCCAGCACUCACGUCAGUCCGCACCUGGGUUGAGCUCAGGAAUGUUCCCAAGAAGUUGUUCAAUGUCGACGGCCUGAGUCGAAUUGCCACAUCUGUUGGCGAACCUCUGUUUCUUGACAGGGCAACCGAGGCUAAGGACAACUUUGCGGUUGCUCGAAUCUUUGUUGACGUCAAGCUCCACCCUCGGCCCCCUCGUCAGAUCCUCAUCGAUAUGCCGAAGGGGGACGUGAAGAAAGUGGAUAUCUCUUAUGCCUGGUUGCCUCCAGUAUGUGACAAAUGUAAUGAGAUUGGGCAUACCACUCGACACUGCCCGUUCGUUCAAUCUGAUUUGGUUCCUAGCAAUCACAAUCCAACCUCACACAAGGGGAAAGAAGGCAACAAGGAUUGUUCAUCAUCUGGGCAGAUUCCUAAGCUAAAUGAGGAGCCAACAAUUACCGCCCCAAAGCCUACAGAGUUAGUAGUGCCUCCAAGCCUAACCUCGCAGGUACCUCUCCCUGAAGUGACAGUGCCAAGCCCUAUUCCCCUGGAGAAGGAACUUGAUAUGGCGGAGCCUGUUGUGGUUGGAACACCACCAGUCCGAGAGGAAAUACCAACCUCGCCAACACAACAUGAUGACUCAAGCAAUGAUUUUCAACCGGUUAAACCUAAAGGGCGAGGUAGAGGUAGGGGUCGUGGUCGCGGUCGAAAGACCGCAGUUGAGAACUAA